AGGUUCGGUUGCCGUCCGCCCGGGGGUGGGGCGGCGCACCCGGACGCCGGGAGGGGGCGGCGCCGGAGCCGCCUUCCAACGAGGCGCCUCAGGGCCCGGCUCGGGAGCGAGAGGCCCUUCACGCCCCGGCCCCGUGAAGGGCUGGGCUCGCUCGGGAGCUCGGCGCCGCCGCACUCGGUGCAGGAUCGCCCGGGAUCUCCGUUCAAAUUACUGGAGGUCAGAUCUAAGCGGCAACAUGGACUCACUGGAGGAGACUGGAGGUUCCUCAACAGAGGAAACUGGAAAUUCCUUAACUGAGAACUACUUUGUAAAUUACACUUUCACUGACCGUUCUCAUUCAGGCCGUGUGGCCCAAGGAAUUAUGAAGUUGUGCUUAGAGGAUGAGCUCUUUGCAGAUGUCACCAUCUCUGUAGAAGGCAAAGAAUUCCAACUGCACCGGCUAGUUCUCUCAGCUCAGAGCUGCUUCUUUCGUUCUAUGUUCACUUCCAAUCUGAAGGAGGCACAUAACCGGGUGAUUGAGUUACAAGAUGUUAGUGAGAGUGUCUUUCAGCUCCUUGUGGACUACAUUUAUUAUGGAACUGUAAAGUUGAGGGCAGAAGAUUUGCAGGAGACUUACGAAGUAGCAGAUAUGUACCAACUAACCGCCCUCUUUGAGGAAUGCUCCCGUUUCUUGGCUCGAACAGUGCAAGUGAAAAACUGUUUGCAAAUUAUGUGGUUGGCUGAUCAGCACAGUGAUGUGGAGCUCUAUACGGCUGCCAAGCACUGUGCCAAGUCAUACUUAUCACAACUUCAAGAAACUGAGGAGUUUCUGCACCUUCCUCUCCGUCUCCUGACAGAUAUUGUCUCAGAUGGGGUUCCAUGUUCACAGAAUCCAGCAGCUGCCAUAGAAACCUGGAUUGGCUUCAAUAAAGAAGAGCGUGCAGGUUUCUCAGAGAUACUGCGAUCAAGUUUAAAGGAAAUUGGAGAGAACGUUCAUAUCUACCUGAUUGGAAAGGAGUCAUCCCGUACACAUUCCCUUGCUGUCUCACUGCAUUGUGCAGAUGACGACUCCAUCAGUGUUAGUGGUCAGAACAGUUUGUGUCACCAAAUCACUGCAGCUUGCAAGCAUGGUAGUGACCUCUAUGUUGUUGGAGGGUCCAUUCCACGGCGCAUGUGGAAAUGCAACAACACCACGAUAGACUGGGAAUGGUGUGCCCCCCUGCCCCGCGACAGGCUACAACACACUCUGGUUUCUGUGCCCAGCAAGGAUGCGAUCUAUUCACUGGGGGGCAAGACACUGCAGGACAUCCUCUCAAAUGCCAUCAUAUACUACAGAGUAAGAGACAAUGUAUGGACAGAGACUAGCCAGCUGGAAGUUGCAGUGUCUGGGGCUACAGGUGUAAAUCUCAAUGGUGUCAUUUAUUUGUUAGGCGGGGAGGAGAAUGACCUUGAUUUCUUUACCAAGCCCUCUCGGCUUAUCCAGUGUUACGAUACCAAUACAGAGAAGUGUCAUGUAAAGCCUUACGUGUUACCCUUUGCAGGCCGCAUGCAUGCUGCUGUGCACAAGGACCUGGUGUUCAUUGUAGCAGAGGGGGAUUCGCUGCUGUGCUAUAACCCUCUGUUGGAUAGCUUCACGCGGCUCUGCUUGCCAGAUGCCUGGAGCUCAGUACCAUCUCUUUGGAAAAUUGCUAGUUGUAAUGGCAACAUCUACAUCUUCCGGGAUCGUUACAAAAAGGGAGAUGCCAACACCUUCAAACUCAAUCCAGCCACUUCUGUGGUGACUGUCACCAGUGGCCUCAAGGUGCUACUCACCAAUUUGCAGUUUGUGUUGGCAUGAAGGAAGAAAGGUGCAGUGCCAGAACAACGAAGACAUUCCUUUAAACAGCUCAGACAUGUAUAGACCCCAUAGCUCCAGCUCCUUGAGAAAGAUCACAAUACUUUAGAGAGUUCCCUGCCCCACCUUCCAACUCCUGCUCACAAGCAGCAGCAUUGUAGCCACACAUAGGCGGCAUCCGCAUUCUGUCUGGAUUACUGCUGUCACUGUGGUCCCCUGCUGGUCAGCUUGUUAUGUCUCAGAACCCCACAGCUAAGAGGCUUCUUGGGCCUAAACCCUUUACCAACAAUAGAUGAAGUAUUUAUACUGUCUUAUGUUGCAGGCUAUCUAGUGCAGCAAUCUGUCAAGGUACAAAACAUUCCCUAGAGCUGCAGCUAGCAGAUAAAAGUGAAGGCUCCCUCCUUUAUCAGGGCUACGAAGGACAAAUCUAGCAAGAGGUACUGAAAGUAACAUUAGCAAUGCAUUGGAUAUGAUUGAACUAGGAAUAAAGGAGGCAGCUAUCCCCGACUGUGUUACUACCUGGCAAAAAAUGGAAAGCUUGGACCCUUGCCCUCAUUUAGAGGGCUCAUGCUGGGACAUACGGGGGGGAAAGACCAUGUUAAAAGAGGAGAAUCAUGUCAAACCUAUUUGUUGAUACUGUAAGAUCCUUGGGGUGCAAGUCUCAAUAAAGGCCUUCCGGAACA